AUGACGGCGAAUAAAGAGUACAUCAAUGCUGCUGGACUGCGACUUGACGGUCGUCGGCCGCAUGAGUCGCGGCGAAUAACGUUGGAGUUUGGAAAAGUGUCGGGCUGCGAUGGCUGCUGCACCGUCACGACGGGACUCUCGCAUGUCUGCGCCACCGUCUACGGGCCUCGCGAGGUGACAAACCGGCUGGACAGCAAAUAUGAUGAGACCAUCAUCACAUGCGAGGUGGCGAUUGCCGCCUUUGCGGGGGAACAGCGACGGGAUCCGCAGCGAAAGUCAAGAAUGGCAGAAGAAAUCAGUGCAGCUGUGGUGGAAGUUGCCCGAUCGGUGGUAUUGCUUUCUCAGUAUCCUAACUCACAGAUUCACAUAUGUGUAGAGGUUUUACGACAAGAUGGGAGUGAUAAGGCUGCUUGUAUUAAUGCAGCUUGUUUGGCUUUAGUAGAUGCAAGUGUUGCCAUGCGUGAUGUGGUCUAUGCCCAAACUGUAGGGUUAAUUGAUAAUGUAGAUGUUGUCGAUCUCACCACAGAGGAGCUUCGUUCGCAAUGUACGUCGUUAUGUAUUGCUGUGAAGGGUCAUGAUACUUCCAGUAUUGUGUGGAUGGAGUCUAACAGUCGUGUGAGUUCAGAGACCAUUAUUCGACUGGUCACAAUGGCACAGAAAUCCGCCCAAGGGGUUUUUGAAUCUUCCCUUCGAGGUCCUUUAGAGGAACACGCAGCAAGAAUUCUCAAAUUGCAAGGUAAGUUUGUUAACAACGAGUAA